AUGAUUCUAUUUGACCAAUCGGAAAUCACAAAAUCAGCCGAGAGGGAGAUGGGCGGUAUGAUGGCUUUUCUCAUUCUCACCGCAAUACUCGUUUCGUUCAUCACCUUCAUUGGAUAUAUUCUCGUCACAAGAAGAGAAAGAUUUCGAUUACGGGAGAAAAUUCGGCUGACUGGUCCGGAACCUCACUGGUUUUUAGGAAAUUUGAAGGAAAUUGUGGAAAGAAAAGAAAAACUGGGAUACGACGAUUCGAAUGAGUGGUUUAACGUGCUUCACAAGAAGUUUGGAGAGACUUUCGGAAUCUACUUUGGCACACAAAUGAACAUUGUUCUAUCCAAUGAAGAAGACAUCAAGGAAGUGUUCAUCAAGAAUUUCUCCAAUUUUUCCGAUCGAAUAGUUCCGCCGAUUUUUGUUGAGAAUAAACUAAACGCGUCUCUUCUUCAAAACACGUAUGCAACCGGUUGGAAACAUACUCGAUCUGCAAUUGCUCCGAUAUUUGCAACUGGAAAAAUGAAGGCGAUGCAUGAGACGAUUAACUCGAAAAUAGAAACUUUCUUGGAGAUUUUGAAGGAAAAAUCAGAGAGUGGAGAGAAAUGGGAUAUUUAUGAGGAUUUCCAAGGCCUCACUCUCGACGUCAUUGGAAAAUGCGCAUUUGCAAUUGACAGUAAUUGUCAAAGAGAUCGAAAUGAUGUAUUCUACGUGAACGCUAGAAAAUUCAUCAGUAACAUUGAUAUCCGACACAGCAAAAUUAUUGCUGCUUCUUUCAUUCUGCCAGAACUCUCUUGGCUAUGGAGAUUCAUGUACAAGUACACUGGUUUGGCAGCUGCUGAGAUUCCAUUAGUUGACGGAUUGUCAGAUGUGUAUGAAAGAAGACGUCGUGGUGAAGGAUCAGACAGUGUUGACCUUCUGAAACUUCUAUUGGAUCGAGAAGAUGAUAAGACGAAAGGAAUGACAAAACAAGAAGUAAUUGAGAAUUGUUUUGCAUUUCUAUUGGCUGGAUAUGAGACAACAAGUACUGCAAUGACAUAUUGCUCUUAUCUACUAUCGAAAUAUCCGGAAGUUCAACAGAAAUUAAAUGAAGAGAUAGAAGAGACGAAGAGAACGAAGCAAGGGGGAUUGAAUUAUGAUUCAAUUCAUCAAAUGAAAUAUUUGGAUGAUGUCUAUAAGGAGACACUCAGAUACUAUCCACCUGUUAUUCACUUCAUCAACCGUUCUUGCCUCUCCGACAUCACAAUUCGUGGUCAAUUUUUCCCCAAGGGGUCAGUAGUCACCUGCCUUCCCCACACCGUUCAUCGUAACGAAUCCAACUGGGAAAAUCCAGAUGAAUUCAAUCCGGACCGAUUCUUAGAUACAAAUGAAGACAGAUCUUCCACUACUCAAUUAAAAUGGAUUCCAUUCGGAGUCGGACCAAGAUAUUGUGUUGGAAUGAGAUUUGCUGAAAUGGAAUUCAAAACUACAAUAGCUAAACUAAUUGAGAAAUUUGAAUUGAGUGUUAUUAAGGGGGAACCUGAUUUGAUUCCUGACUGUAAUGGUGUUAUUAUGAGGCCCAAAGAUCCGGUUCGAUUGAAUUUAAAGUUGAGAAAGUAG